CAUCGAGGGGGAGCUACCGAGCAGCAACAUCCGAGAAAGCCCCCGAAGGAUGCUCGUCUUUCAGAGGACCAAGCCUUGCCUCUAAACUGCGACCCUCCUGCUCCUCUCCUCCAGUAUGCGGUGACUGAGACUGAGGCCUGAAGGCGCAGUGGAUCCGGUGGCAGCAGCGGGCGUCUAGCUUAGAUGAAGGAUGAAGAGCCCGGUGCACAGAUGCAGGGAUGUGGAGCACGGGCGCGGGCAGGGCAGGACCGGGGCCGGGACCAGCUGCCUACAGGCCGAGCAGCGCAUCCCUAUCUCCAAAGAUGUCAUCACUUCCUCCGCGGCCUCCGCCAUGUGGUUCAUCAGGGACCUCUGUGGCAUCGUGUGCGCCGUCAUCACCUGGCUGCUGGUGUUGUAUGCAGACUUUGUGGUGCUGUUUGUGAUGCUGCUGCCCUCCAAGAAUCUGACCUACAGCAUUGUGAACGGGACCCUGUUCAACAUCCUGGCCUUCCUCGCCCUUGCCUCACACCUCAGGGCCAUGUGCACUGACCCGGGGGCGGUGCCAAAAGGGAACGCCACCAAGGAAUACAUAGAAAGCCUUCAGCUGAAACCAGGGCAGGUGGUCUACAAAUGUCCCAAGUGCUGCAGCAUCAAGCCUGACCGAGCACACCACUGCAGUGUUUGCAAACGCUGCAUACGCAAGAUGGACCACCACUGCCCCUGGGUCAAUAACUGUGUUGGGGAGAACAACCAAAAGUACUUUGUGCUUUUCACAAUGUACAUUGCAUUCGUCUCUCUCCACUCUCUGCUCAUGGUGGUCUUCCAUUUCCUCUACUGCUUUGAAGAUGAUUGGACAAAGUGCAGUUCCUUCUCUCCUCCAGCAACAGUCAUCCUCCUCAUACUCCUGUGCUUUGAGGGUCUCCUCUUCCUCAUCUUCACCUCUGUGAUGUUCGGCACCCAAGUCCACUCCAUCUGUACCGACGAGACCGGCAUAGAGCAGUUGAAAAAGGAAGAGAGAAGAUGGGCUAAAAAAACUAAGUGGAUGAACAUGAGGGCGGUAUUUGGACACCCUUUCUCCUUUUUGUGGUUUAGUCCGUUCUCCACCCCUGACCAUGGGAAGGCUGAGACCUACCAGUAUGUGGUGUGAGAGCUCAGCGCGUUGAACGAGGCGGCCGGGUCAGAACCAAAGUGGGAAACCUCAGUCCAGCCCACGUAGAGCUCAGCUCCCCAUGCUGAACACCAUUUACAUUGUAUGUCCCACACAUUGGCCAUGGACAGCUUCCCAUCUGCUUUUUGUUUUGCCAUUCAAGUGCGCUCUCCGUUUAUUCUUGUGUUGCCUUGUGCAUUGAGUUGCAGAGAAAAAGAAAGCACUUUCAUUUUGUGAAUCCUGUUUGAAAGCACUGUGAUAAUUCUGUUUCUGUUGUUGUAUCAGAAGCCCUUUUCUUUCCUUGAACUAUGUUUACUCUUGCUUUCCCUCUUAGAGUUAGUUCAGUUAAAUUCCCCAAAAAAGACUCAUCGUCUCACUUAUGCCCAGUGAUGUCUGGCUUUGCUGGUAGUUUUAGCUCUCGCUGUUGAAACCGCCACCCCAAUACAAUGGAAGAGAAUGGAAUUUAAUAUAUUGCUGCCACUAAAGAAUGUCAGAGAAGAGUAAAAAGGUGCCUUCCACAUGUUCCCAGAGCCCAAGUUAAUGUGUUCAAUUUGCUUGUUUUGUUCAAUCACCAAGAAAAUUCUAAUCCCGGACAAAUAAAACACAAACUAUCUUCGUGGCUACACACCACUAGUGGUAAGUGGGGAAACAUGUCUUUUUGUAAUUUGGGUGAGUUGGCCCUUUUUAAAGCAUCCUCUUGUCAGAUAGUAAUCAGUAGUGUUCCAGAUAUGGCCACUAAAAUGGAUUGGAUGGUUUGGUUACAGUAGGUUCUAUAAUCACAAUCCUUGUGGGAGCCAUUCUGAAAAUAGAUCCAUUCUUAAGGCCUUUACACACCGAGAGCCUGACAGAUAAACAACUCGAUAAUGCAAAAUAUCCACACCCCAACCACUCAACCGACCCAGAUCAGCGUCAGGCAGUUUGGCCAUGGUGAAAUGUUUUAUAGCCGAAGCUAUUUUUUGAUUUUCUUUUAAGUAGUAAUUACGUUUGCUGUCCUGGUUCAGACUACGGAGCCUCACAUGUUCGUUCCACACAGCUUGAUUGGUUGAUGCCUUAAUUCGUGGUGUGAAAGCUCAGAAAAAGUGUCCCAAUAAUGAUCAUUUUCUGCUGUGUAAUAUUCAAGUUCUCGGUGGGUAAAGGCCUUUAGGCUGACUCUUUGUAAAUGAUGCCAAAUACAACACUUAAGAGAACAGUUUGCCAGAAUUAUUGUGGAUGUUUGGUAUAAUAUCUUAGCUAUAACAAGUUGUGCAAAAAAGUUGUGCUAAGAGUCAAGACGGUGGCUUGUUCCACCCAUUCAUACAACACGUCGAUCCAAUGUUUCUCCCGAUACCUCAACUCAGAGCAUCUACCAAAUCCAUUCCCUAUGUAAUACCAGUGCUCUGUUUUUCCUUUUCCUUGGGAUCAUUUCAAUGCUGCAUCCCUAUGUACAAUAUGUAUUAUAAAUACAGAGCUCUGACCCCCCCCUGUGAAAAACCCAGAGGAUCUAGACUUUGAAAUGAUUUUGAUAACGUUAUUGAUGGUAAAUGGAUGGGUGGUGUUUAGUGUUGUCCCUGGAUCAAAGAAUAUCUUAGUGGACUAACCAAUUAGAUGAUUUAAUUGUCAGAUUUGUAAAACUGACCUCCUCCACAAAGCCUCAUGCAAAAGCACCUCUUUUAGUGUCGUGUUUACCAGAGACAAGCUCAUAAGUCUCUUGGAAAUACAUCAUUCAGCAUGAAAAAAAGCGUAGAAAAUGACUAAUUGACUAAAUAAAUCUCAGUCAACUGAGACCAAACUAAACAAAAACUGAGUUGACAGAUCAACUAAGAGGGGGCAGCCCUAGUUGUGUUCAAAGUGUCCACAACUCACCUGUGAGACACUGGUCAAGUAGACGGUGUCUUACCAUACAAGAGAACAGGAUUAAAGUGUCACUCGUUAAGUGUUGUAUUUGAGCCUCACAUGACAGAGUGAAGUGUCCCUUUUGAGAAAACUACCUACAAGGCCAUACAAGUCCCACUGUAGUUUAAUUAUGUGUUGAAAAUGACUUUAAUACCUACCUGUUGCCCAGGUGUGGAACAUUCUCCCUGAUUCCUCUCUGAUACAUGCUUGACCCCCCCCCCCCCACCCCCCCCCACACACACACACACACACACACACACACACACACGCGCGCACACAAGCCAGGGAGUUUUCGUAAGUUCCACCAAACAGAAAACUAAAUGUCUGCUUGCUUUGGUCGUGGCAGUCUUUGCUGAAUCAUUCUUGUAAUGCUUUAUGGGGACAUGAAAUGGUUUCAGUUGGUACAGGUGUCGUCCUCAUCUUGUCUUUCAGCAACAAAACACUGUUGUGAGAAUCUUGUGGGUAGAGUUAACACGCUGUCAACAACCAUGUCGUAACAUAUGCUCUUUCUCCCUUUUUUGAGGAAAGGUUUGGGCUCCCACCGUAACACUAACGACGUGUGUGUGUGUGUGUGUGUGUGUGUGUGUGUGUGCGCGUGUACGUGUACGUGUACUUGCACAUCUGUGUGAGGACCAACUUGAGUUUUAGACUUUCAGAGUGACAGCGAUUACGUUUUUGGCCGGUCGUCACUGGUUCAAAGCUUGUUUGAUUGUACAGACUCUGUGUUAGAAAGAAAUAGUGACGCCUGUGUCUCGGACAAAAUGUUGCACUCGAACACACCACAAGAAUACAAACCGAUGGCCAAAUAGCCUGUACGUUCUGGGCCUGCGCGAGAGGAAUUAACUUUCCACACCAGCAGGUGGCGGUAGUGUGUAUUCGUCACUCAAAAAGAGAAACCGGAAGACCUACUGUAGGACUAGAUAAACAAGCCAUUGUUAUAAUACACACUCAUUGCGUUUUAUUUCUUCUUAUGCGCUGAUUCGCUUAAGCUGAGCAGACAACUGAAGGGAUCUCACUCACCGAUUCAACAUGCUCCAUCACCCGAAAAAAGCCGCCCGCUAGUGCCAACGAUAAGGGACACACCGCAAGAACUAGGGACACAGACGCUCACCGAUGGCCUGACAUUGGCCGACCUGAUGUGGUUUGCGAUGGUGAGGGUAAGGGGCUAGGGAAUGCUUUUUAACAGUGAGAGUCCUCACAAAGAUAGAAGUACAGGGAUGUGUGUGUGUGUGUGUGUGUGUGUGUGUGUGUGUGUGUGUGUGUGUGUGAGCGAGCGUAUGAACACUUGCCGGUGAAACACCCCUGUGCUCUGUGAUGUGUUGACGUUGUGAGCGCUUGCCAGAUUCAUUUAACCCCACAGUCACAUGAUUAUUUGGGAAAGCUUUGACAUGUAAUUCCUCAAAAAAAGGUAAAAGUAUUAAAAUGUAAAUUGUAUGAGGACUAUGUGGAGUCAAAGGGAAGCGCCGUAUAAAAAUGUAUAGCUCUGCAUACAUCCGAUUGUGCAGCAGCUGGACGUAAGCUUGACUGUAUUUCUGCACUAUAGAGCGCUGCAGGAAUGAGUCCUAACACUUGGACAUGAGUCAGCAUCUUUGCACUUCUGGUUUCCUCGUCUGGAAGAUUUUUUAUUUAUUUUUAUGAAUUGGUCAGAUGCCUGAUGUCGUAUGUGGCAACACAAGUUUAAGAGAUUUUAACGUUGUGUUCUACGACAUUAAAUACCGUAAGUCAGUAAAUACCCCUCUCGCGAAUUUAGAAGCAUUUACGUGUCUUAAAAAAAAGUGUCUGAACGAGACGACAAACGUCAUCACUGGAACACUAGUCUGCCGUUAGCUUAGUGGUGGUGACGUGAAGUCAUGUGACUGUGGUGUAGUUCUUUUGUAGCAUAACAUGUUUUUACUAGCGAUAGCAUUCGAGCUUCAAAAAAAUCCUAGAAGUGGUGUCCAUUUGUGAAGAAAACUAAAUAUUGAAGUAUCAUAAACGUUUGCCACAGAGUUUACUUUCUGCAAUAAUCUAUAAUCCAAUGGAAGGAUCCUAUUGGCUUUCUGUCGAGGGAACCAGUGUGACGCUAACGUGUAACAAAUGUACGUCAUUCCUGCACCGCUCUAUUCCAGCCUCUUUCAAAACAUUAUCUUUCAUUAUUCACAUUUACACAAGUACUAAAAUUGCAAAUUGUAUUUUAUCAUUUAAGAUUUUCUCCUGUGUGAACUGCUCUGUUUCUGAAGUGUGCAUUUUAUUCUCCUAUUCUUUGUUUACAUGAUAUGCUGUGUAUCCUUUUGUUAUCCGAAUGCAUGGUGCAGGUGAAGGUUAGUUUAGUCAUGUAUGUGAAACACUGCCGGUGAGUCAUCGCUGGUGAGAGUGACGGCGGUGGAGAUGAUUUGUUUUUUACGGAAAAUUUUAAUUCUUUCUAAAUAUUCUGGAAAUAUUUCAGCACAUGCGCGGAGAAUAAAUACUUCUCAGUUGCAAUGCAAAAACUGUGUUUGCUUGCUUUUUCGAAUGUAUUUAUCUCUCUCUGAUUGUGGAGGGCCCUUCUACACCCAGAUGUGUUUCCACCUCUGUUUGCUGUGUUCCAGUAAGGUUACAGAAGAGGUUUCUGCUUUCCCUGCAUACAGACCUCUCACACCCGCCUUGUCUUUCAUUCUCUUCCAUAUGUUCUCUCUGUAAACUGCCUCUUCCCCGUGCAAUGUUCUCUCUCCGCUCAUGCGUUUGCUUUGGUUGAUAACUCAUUCUGCCAAAAGCUCUCUGAAGCAGACAACUCUUUGUAAUCUUGAGGAGAGGUAAGCUUGCAACAGAGGUCGCGUUAGCUGUCCCAUCGAGCCUUACACAAUCACAAGCAUGCUGAUUUCAAUUUGAAGGCCAAAUUACGCUUCAUUUCCUUUUUUUUUUCUUUUUUUUUUUAAUUUAUUUAUUUUUUUUGCUGUUUCAGAUUCAACUAAACAUUAUAAAUGAAUGAGUCAGCUGUGUGUGUGUAACAGGAUGCAUGCACCAUUUUCACCAUUUGACAUGUUUGCUUCUUCCGCAGGGAUUUUUAAAGUGCACGUGAAUAAUUUUGUACAGUGUUUUAUUCAUUUUGGGCAUGUUUCUUAGAAAACAAGUGAAUCAGAACUGAUACAAAAGCUCUUAAAGGAUAGACUUUUCCUAUUGUAUUACAAUACGCAUGUGUUUUAUGAGCAUUGAAAGAGUAACCACUCCUCCUGUCUAUACUGGCCACAAAGAGAUACUUUCACACGACUACACUGUAAAAGAUGGAGGACAACAUCCACACAGUCCUUGCACUGUACAAAGUUUAGCUGAGGCUAAUAUUAGUCUGUAGACAGCUGCGUUAGACAAAUCAACUAACAAAAUAUGGUUACUUUAAAGAAAAAUCAAGAUUGAACAAAUGAGGACAUUUGUUGUUCAUUCACACUACCUGCUUCAUUGAAUGACAAGCUAUGCUAAGCUAUCGAUCCCCUCACUGACUCCUAAUCAAUUGUCUGUGAGGAAGAUGGCGUACACAGGUUAUAGGCACCUGCUCAGCUGUUAAAUGAUCUGAGUCCGAACACAAUGUAGAAUGUCUGCCGUACAACAUUUGAACAAGUUAAAAUACGCAACCGAGGGGUGAACCGCUAACGAAGUGCCUGUAGCUACCUAGAGCUGUUAUAUUUGAGAAUGUCAAAGGAUUCAUUUAGCACCGUCUGUCUACCAGGGGCGCCGUUAAUAACUGAGAUGAAUAUGGGAUGGGACUGUGAUGGGUUAGCUGUUAGCUAGCUAAUGUUAGCUAUGUGUUGGCAGGGUAAUGUAGUUAGCUACGGCGCUUUUAGCUUUCUGAUGCAUCCACAUUCCACUGUAACACAAGUUGCAUAUUGUCAUAUGAUUAUCCUAAAACUGACAUUUUAGGCUGUGACAUGCCGGCAUUGAUCAAAACAAUUGAAAAACCCCAGACACAUACAAUUCUGAUGGAUUGUACAAUUUGGAACCGGUUCUCAACUGUAUCCAGUUCUCGAUUCCCGACCUUAGUAACUACGCAUUUAUAGGAACACCCUGGAUUUUGGAUUUGAACAGAAGAUCGGUUUAUUAUGUAAUUUCUCCCCAAGUUUUAAAAGUUGUUCAAAUUGCAAAUACAAACCGACAUAACAAACCAUAACCAAUAGGUCAAAGUUUCAACAUAUCGUGACGUCUCGUCAUCUGCUGGUCGGACUGUCGCAACAUUUUACACACACAUUAAUGUUCCUUAAUAACUUUGGUGAUCUCUAGACUUUUCCUUUAGCGCCACCAUGAAGGAAUUGCCAUGAAGUUUGUUUCUCACGUUCAUGUUUCCUUUACGAUGAGUCGCAACAACUUUGAUGUUCCCUUUACCUUACAGCUCGGUCCAUCAUACCCAUCAGCUUCAGCUGUAGUUUGUGUCACACUAGGAAGGGAUUUAUUUAUGGCCAAUAAGGACAGGAGGACUGAUUACAGUGACCGAUAACUCCUUCAACAUACAUACAACAAAUGAGUAUUGUAUUAAAUCUAAAGGCUUAAAUUCUAAGCCUACAAAUCAUCUUGAGCCUGAUUUGUGUCUGAGAAACAGGACCAGUCAGCUAAAAUCAUAGUGUGGUGUUGAUGUUUCAGUCAUCAUCCUCGUGUCAUCGUUUGUGUUUGAUAGUGCAUGUAGAAAAAGACAACCAGUCCUUUUUUUGGGGGGGCUUUCCUCCGUUCACCCUCAGACCCUCACUGUUGUGUCUUCACCAGGGAAUCGAGCGCCUGAAGGGAGAGACGGGGAGGUGGGUGAAGGUGCCGUGUUGGGAGGCCAUGGAGACGGCGUUUGGCGGCCCCUUCUCUCU